AUGGAGAUGUCCUACUCUUCCGUGCACCCCCAGGACAGCCCUUUGCUGUUUGACUGUGAGUCUCUGCUGGAAAAACCUCUGGUUCAGAACCCACCCUCAGACCUUGGUUACAUCAGCGCCAGCAGCAGCCUGUCUCCCACCUCCUCUGUGGACUCCUUCUGCUUCUCUCCCAUCUCCCUCCAAGCUUUGGGAAAUGAACCAGACGCUCUGAACAGCUUCUUCGUCGGCACCACAGUGGAGCCUCAUUCUCCCCAUCAGAUCUGUCCCAGGUCCACCUCUGCAACCAUCGCUCCCAUGAAGAAGUCCAGGUCCAGGUAUCCGGGCAAGAAGCGCCAGACUGCUAGUGAGAGGGAGAAGCUGAGGAUGAGGGAUCUGACCAGAGCUCUGAAUCACCUCAGGACGUACCUCCCACCUUCUGUGGCACCACCGGGACAGACCCUAACCAAGAUCGAGACGCUGCGCUUCACCAUUCGAUACAUCUCCUACCUGUCUGAGCAGCUGGGCCUCAGUGAGGAGGUGGUGCAGCAGAGGAGAUCCUCAAUGGAGCAAGCCCAAACCAUGAAGCAGUUCCUGGAUGAACCAACAAGCUCACAAGAGAGAUGUGACGCUGUGAGCACGCAGCAGAUGUCCUCUGUGCAGCAUUCAUAUCAGGUUUCAGAUGAACGUUACGUAAACAGUGAGCAGUGCUGGAAGACCCGGGACCAACCUGACCCUCUAACCUUCACAGCAGAAUCAACAAUGUAA